AUGGCAGCCGCUGGAGUUAGCAGGGAGCAGAGGUGGAGCCUCGCCGGCGCAACCGCGCUGGUCACCGGCGGCAGCAGAGGAAUUGGGCAUGCAAUCGUGGAGGAGCUUGUCGGGCUCGGGGCGCGGGUGCACACGUGCUCCGAGAACGCGGCGGAGUUGGAGGAGUGCCGUCGGCGGUGGGAGGAGACGAAGCUGCCGGUCACCGUCUCCGUCUGCGACGUCUCCGUGCGAGCCGAGAGGGAGAAGCUCAUGGAGACGGCGAAGCAAACCUUCGACGGCAAGCUCGACAUACUAGUAAACAACGUGGGGCGGAAUGUGGCCAAGGCGGCCGUGGAGUGGACGGCGGAGGAGUACUCGCAUCUCAUGUCGACUAACUUGGAGGCGGCGUUCCACCUAAGCCAGCUCGCACACCCCUUCCUCCGAGACGCCUCCAUCGCCGGAGGAGGCAGCGUCGUUAACAUCUCCUCGGUUGCGAGCUCACUCGGCUACCCGACCCUCGCACUAUAUUGCAUAUCUAAAGGAGGAGUUAAUCAGCUUACAAGGAGCCUUGCUGCCGAGUGGGCUCAAGAUAAGAUCCGUGUCAACUCCGUCGCUCCGGGUGGGAUCAAUACCGAGCUGCAAAACAGUGUGGAUCCAAAGGUCAUAGAAAAUACGUUGUUGAGAACUCCGAUGCAUCGGCUCGGUGAGCCAGUUGAGGUGGCGUCGAUGGUGUCGUUCCUUUGCAUGCCAGCAGCUUCAUUCGUCACCGGCCAGGUCAUCUACGUCGAUGGGGGCCGAACCAUUAGUGGCUAA